AUGUCGCAACGCACUACUAAGUUGUCUGGGAAGAAUAUCCUGCUUAUCGGGGGCAGUUCUGGUAUUGGCUUCGCCGUUGCCGAGCAGGCUCUUCAAGAUGGAGCACAUAUAACCAUCAGCUCGUCAACAGAAGACAGAAUCUCCAAGUCGGUGAAUAGCCUCCGAACCAACUUCCCAGAGCAGGCGGACAAUGUGCGAAGCUAUGUUGCCGACUUGUCUUCCAAGACAGAGCUUGAGCGGACUGUAGAAGGACUUCUUCAAUACGCGGCAAAAGACUCUCCUAUCGAUCAUAUAGUCUUCACUGCCGGCGAUGUGCCGCCCUUAGACCCUCUUCCAGAAGCCUCCUUUGACCACAUCGAUGCCUUCUUUGCAGUACGCUUCUAUGGCGCCAUAACCGUCGCCAAAUAUGCUCCUAAGUACAUGGUUCCAGCCAAGUCAUCGUCGAUCACUUUGACUUCAGGCACUCAGGCGCACAAGCCGACAAUGUGGCUGCCCCCAGCCAUCGGGUGCGUCGUUGAGGGAUUGAUGCGUGGUUUGGCUGUCACGCUGCCUCCGAUUCGCGUCAAUGUAGUGUCACCUGGGUUUAUUCUAACUGAAAUUAUUGAGAGACUACCCAAGGAAAUGUCCGAAAAUGCUAUUGAGCGACAUAAACAACAAUCUUUGACAAAAGACGUGGGAUAUCCGGGAGACACUGCGGAGGCAUACCUGUAUUUUAUGAGGGAUAGUUUCGUGACAGGCUCUGUUCUGGUCACGAAUGGGGGAGUAUUUCUAGUAUAG